GCAAAUGCUCUCUCAAAUUUCAUGGAUCACAUUCAAAUCCUCUCAAAAUUACCAUUUUUCUUUCUUUCUGAAAAGCCCUCUGAAAAAGAAAAAAGAAAAAAAAAAUUUCGCUGUCAACCCCCAAAACCACACCAAUGCUUCUCAUAGUUUCACGAACUGGGUUCACUACACCCCAGCUUCAUACACACUUGUCAAAUACUCUGCAGUCAUCUGAUCGAAUUUCCUUGCAUCAUGGACCAUAGUGUUCAUCCUUUUCUGGUGCAUAGCUAUCUCUUCUCAGUUUCUAUAUUCAAAUUUUGACUUAAUUCUUAUUUGUAUUCAAACUUUCAGCACUUGUAUAUUCUGGACUGAAUAAUGGGUUGCAUACUAUUCUAUGUUUAGCUUAGCAUGCUGGUUUAACAUGGUGUUGGUGGAAGGAUGAGUGGGACAUCGGUCCUUAGCCAAACCCAUCUUUUGUCACUGCCAAAUAAUCCACCUCAAAGCUCUGAAUUGAAUUCAAAGUUCAAUGAUAAGGGAUGGUUGUCUUUGCUUAAGAGAUGCAAGUGCAUGGAAGAGUUUAAGCAAGUUCAUGCCCAAAUUCUAAAAUUGGGCCUUUUCUUGGAUUCUUUCUGUGGUAGCAAUCUUGUUGCCACUUGUGCUCUUUCAAAAUGGGGCAGCAUGGAGUAUGCUUGCUCUAUCUUUAGGCAAAUUGAGGAACCGGGUAGCUUUGAGUACAACACCAUGAUUAGAGGACGUGUCAAUAACAUGAAUCUAGAAGAAACCUUGUUUCUUUAUGUUGAAAUGCUUGAAAGAGGCAUUGAACCUGACAAGUUCACCUACCCGUUUGUAUUCAAGGCAUGUUCUCUAUUAGGUGCUCUCAAGGAAGGAGUGCAAAUUCAUGGCCAUAUUUUUAAGGCUGGUCUUGAUGGUGAUACCUUUGUGCAAAACAGCUUGAUCAGCAUGUAUGGCAAGUGUGGGGCAAUAAAGCAUGCUUAUGCUGUGUUUGAGCAAAUGGAUGAAAGGAGUGUGGCUUCAUGGAGUGCCAUCAUUGGUGCUCAUGCUAGUGUGGAGAUGUGUCAAGAGUGCUUAAUGCUUCUUGGGGACAUGAGCAGUGAGGGGCGGCAUAGGGCUGAGGACGACCAACAAAUACAGUGCCAUUUUUAA